UCCAUGGCUACAGACAAUGUCUACGUUCUCUUCUUCUUAUUGGCCUUCCUAUGCAUUCAACUGAUAAAACCCAACGUCUGCGACGGAGCUCUAACCUCAGGCUGCAUCCCUGCCGAAAGAAGUGCUCUACUUGAGUUCAAACGAGGCCUGAAAGAUCCUACCAACAGGCUGUCCUCUUGGGUGGGUGAAGACUGCUGCAAAUGGGAGGGUGUGACUUGCAGCAAUCAUACUGGGCAUGUCGUCAAGCUGGACCUCCACAGUCCGCAUCCUUUCUCUGACGAUACCUUAGGAGGUGAGUUGCGGCCUUCUUUGCUUGGCCUGAAGAACCUAAAGUACCUAGACCUAAGCAUGAACAAUUUUGGAGGCAUUAAUAUUCCAGAAUUCAUGGGUUCAUUCCAUCAACUCCAGUAUCUUAACCUCGCCGGUGCUGGAUUGGGUGGAGUCCUGCCUCACCAGCUGGGAAAUCUCUCCAAUCUGCAGCAUCUAGACUUAUCCAAUGACUUGGUUCACGGCACUGAAUUUAGCAUUGGUGAUGCACUCUGGAUUUCUCACCUUUCUUCUCUAAAGCAUCUCAACCUGGGAAACGUUAAGUUUCAAAAUGGUACUCACUGGCUGGAAGCUCUGAACAUGCUUCCUUCUAUUGUGGAGAUAUAUUUAUAUUCGUGUGAAAUUCCAAGUGUUCCCCUCUCUCUUCCACAUGUGAACUUUACAUCACUGUCUGUUAUUGAUUUGGCUUAUAAUUUCAUUAACUCUACGAUGCCCUCUUGGUUAUCCAACAUAAGUGGCCUUGAGCACCUUGAUCUCAGUUACAACAACCUUCAGGGUAAUAUUCCACCGACCUUUGGUAACUUGGCUUCCCUCGAGGAACUUUAUUUAGAUAACAAUCCUCUUCAAGGAGGAAUACCCACUUCCUUCAAAAAUCUGUGCAAGUUAAAGAAUUUAAUAUUGACAGCCAUCAAUAUCAGCCAAGAUUUGUUAGAACUAGAUGAAAUUUUCUCUGGUUGCAUCAAGAUGAGCUUAGAGAGCCUGUACUUAUACCAAACGAAUAUUCGUGGGCAGCUGCCUGAAUGGUUAUUCCAACUCAGGAAGCUUAAAGCACUCUAUUUGGGGUCGAAUCUGAUUUCUGGUUCUAUUCCUGUAUCACUUGGACAACUAGCAUCACUCCAAGAGCUCUCUCUUGCUCAAAAUCAGUUGGAGGGUAUAAUGUCUGAGGCGCAUCUUGGAAACCUCACAGAAUUGAAGUACGUGAGUAUCUCCGACAAUCAGAUUGGUGGCCAUGUACCCAAUUUAUUGCAUUUAAACGACCUUGAGGAUUUGGAUUUAAGUUCAAACUACUUCGAAGGUCCUCUUCCAUAUUUUCCUGCUGGAUUGGGAUUUUUAGAUUUGUCAAACAACUCAUUCUCAGGAAUAAUUUCACUUGGCAUCAUCAUGAAUAUGUCGAACCUCAUAGAAUUAUCAUUUUCAAAAAACAAUUUGAGUGGCACAAUUCCGUUAUCUAUAUGCCAACUGCUGUCCUUGGUGGCUCUUGAUCUUUCAAAAAAUAUGUUGUCAGGAGAGCUCCCCAAUUGCUGGAGUAAUUCUUCCAGAAUUAGAGUUAUGGAUUUUUCAAGCAACAACAUAUCUGGAGUUAUUCCUGAGUCAAUAUGUUCCAUAGUAUCGCUUCAGUCGUUGCACUUGAGCAAUAACAGUCUAUCCGAAGAGUUGCCUUUGUCCUUGAAAGAUUGUACAGAAUUAGUCCUUCUUGAUGCCGGAUACAAUGAUUUGAAAGGUGAAAUUCCAACCUGGAUAGGUGAAAGUUUAACCCAUCUGAAGUUCCUCAAGCUGCGAUCAAAUAUGUUUACCGGUGAUAUUCCUCCGAAUCUUUCACGAUUAAGUGCUCUCCAAUUUCUCGACCUUUCGGAUAAUGAGCUGUCGGGAACUAUUCCAAGGAACUUUGGAAAUUUUACUGCCAUGAAAGUUAUUCGAAAGUUUCCAGGUUUUAUCUUAGAUGUAUAUGAAGGUGGUUAUGAGGAGCAGAUGUUUCUAACAACCAAGGGAAACACUCUAGACUAUGAUUCGUCGCUUUCGCUUAUGAAUAUUUUGGAUCUCUCAGACAAUAACCUAUUUGGAGGAGUACCUGAAGAACUCACAAGUCUUUCUGGCUUAUUUAGCUUAAAUUUAUCUGGAAACCAUUUCACAGGAGAAAUCACUGAAAAUAUCAGUAAAUUGCAACAAUUGGAGUCCCUUGAUUUGUCAAGAAAUAAUUUUUCUGGCACAAUUCCUUCUAGCCUCGCUACAUUGACUUAUUUGGCUUACUUGAACCUGUCAUACAACAACUUGUCAGGAGAAAUACCUCUUGGCAAUCAACUUCAGACCUUCAAUGCAUCUAGCUAUAUCGGCAAUCCUGAUCUUUGUGGGUUUCCUCUGAAUCAAAGUUGCAAAGACAAUAAAACAGCACAAGGUCAAAGUAAUCCAAAUGAUAGAGAUGAGAACGAGAUGAUUUGGUUCUACACGAGCAUGGCACCAGGAUUUGUUGUUGGUUUCUGGGCAGUCUGGGGUACAUUGAUACUUAACAAGAAUUGGAACCUUUAUUACUUCCGAUUUAUAGACAACAUGUUUGACCAAGUGUAUGUGUUCACCAUACUCAACAUGUCUAGGAUCAAAAGACGUUGUUGUUCCCAGCAAGAAUGAUAAAUUCGAACAUCAAUAUUUGCUGUAUGAGAGUUCAUCUCAUUAAUAUCAUAUCAUCAGCUUGAAUAAAAUUUAAUA